AUGUGGCUUUCAAAUUCGGGAUGUGAGGAAGUGGUGGUUUCGGCUUGGGGUAGUGGAAGUGAUGGAAGUGUAGAGAGUAAUAUUUUGAGUAAAAUUGAUAAGUGUGGAAAAGAGUUGGGGAUAUGGGAGAAAAAUGUUUUUGGUAAUGUUAGGAUGGAGUUGAACCGAUUGAAAAAAUCCCUAGCCAAUGAAGAAAGGGUAGCCAUGGUGAGUGGAAAUAAUUUUAGGGUCAGGCAGAUUAAAAAAGAGAUUGAGGUGAUGCAAGAUAGGGAAGCCACGAUGUGGGCUCAAAGGUCUAGAAUCCUAUGGGCUAAUGAAGGGGACAAAAACUCUAAAUAUUUCCAUUGUUGUGCUACUAGGAGAUUCCGGAAAAAUUCAUUGCAGGGUAUCAGAGAUGAGGCAGGAGUAUGGAGAACCAGACAUGAAGAAAUUGGUGAAGUGAUGGUCAACUAUUUUAAGUCUCUGUUUACUACUUCAGAGGGGAUUGUAUCCACUAGGGCGCUGGAUUGUGUUCAACCACUGAUUGAUGAAGAGAUGAAUGGUGAUUUGUGUCGUGAGUUUGAGGCAAGUGAAGUUGCCAUUGCCCUAAAACAAAUGGCGCCCCUUAAAGCUCCUGGCCCGGAUGCCUUUGAAACAUUACACAGCUUACAAAACUUUAGGGGAGGUAACUAUGGGUAUAUGGCAUUAAAAUUGGAUAUGAGUAAAGCGUAUGAUAGGGUGGACUGGUCGUAUUUGGAGGGGAUAAUGAGAAAGAUGGGUUUUAGGGAGAGAUGGAUAAAUCUUGUCAUGGGUUGUGUGAAAACUGUAUCAUAUUCGGUGUUGGUGAAUGGCGAUCCAUGUGGGAUGAUUUUUCCUACAAGGAGCAUUAGGCAAGGAGACCCACUCUCUCCUUUCCUAUUUCUUCUUUGUACGGAAGGAUUGAAUGGCUUAAUUAAAAAGGUUGAUUUACAAGGUGAAAUCCCUGGAUACUCCCUUUGUAGGAGGGGUCCAAAACUAACGCAUCUGCUCUUUGCAGAUGAUAGUUUGAUUUUUUGUAGGGCAACAAUGGAGGAGUGUGGGAAAGUUUUGAAUAUCCUUAAGGAGUAUGAGGAAGCUUCAGGACAAAAAACGAAUAGAAGUAAAACCUCACUGUUCUUUAGUAAGUUUGUACCAGAGGAGGAGAAGCAUGGAAUAAAAGUGGCCAUUGGAGUCCCUGAAAUCUUGCACUAUGAAAAAUACCUUGGGCUGCCCUCCUUGGUUGGCAAAGGUAAAAAAGCAAGUUUUAAUUACAUAAAAGAGAAGGUUUGGCGGAAGCUUCAAGGGUGGGAAGCUAAAUUGCUUUCGCAAGCGGGGAGAGAAGUACUCCUUAAGGCAGUCAUACAAGCCAUCCCUACCUACACUAUGGGGUGUUUCAAAUUGCUAGUGGGUUUGUGCAAUGAGAUUGAGUCUUUAAUCAAGAAAUUUUGGUGGGGUCAAAGAGGUGAUCGAAGAAAAAUCCAUUGGAUUAAAUGGGAGGAAAUGACAAAAUCGAAAACUAUUGGAGGUAUGGGCUUCCGAGACCUUGCUAUGUUCAAUGACUCACUGUUGGCAAAGCAAGCUUGGAGGCUAUUGUAUGAUAAAUCAUCACUUUUUUACAAAGUAUUUAAGGCUCGUUUCUUCCCAAAUUCAACAAUUAUGGAGGCUACCGACUCUAGGAUGGGGUCAUAUGCUUGGAAAAGUAUCCUUAGAGGUAGAGACAUCAUUCAAAGAGGGGCUUUAUGGAGGAUAGUCACAAGAAGGUGGAAUGAAGAGUUGGUAGAUGGGCUGUUUGUGACUGAAGAUGCAGACUUAAUUAAGAAAAUCCCACUCAGCCGUAAUGCAGCAGAGGAUACUCUUUAUUGGCCGUAUUCUCCAACAGGUAAUUAUACUUGUAAGUCGGGGUAUAGAUUUCUAAAACAGGAGGCGGAAAUGGAAUCAAAUCUGCAAACACCACCAAUCGAUGAGAAGCGGCUGUGGAAAAAAAUUUGGGAGAUGCGAGCCCCCCCAAAGGUGAAAAAUUUUCUGUGGAGAGCUUGCUGCUUUGCUUUGCCAACCAAACAAUCUUUGAUGAGAAGAAAAAUCCUUGAAGACCUAACAUGUGAGAGGUGUAAAAAUGCUGUGGAGGACCCGCUUCACGCAUUAUGGUUAUGCCCGGAACUGGAUGUAGUGUGGUCAGAUCAAAGUAUGUGGGGAUUCCGGUAUGAGGUUGGCUUUGUCACUGUCAAGGAGCUGCUGCUAUGGAUGAUUGAUGAAGGGAAAUCACUAGAACUUCUAGCAUUUACGGCGUGGGGAGUAUGGAAUCAGAGGAACAGAGCACGGUUAAUGCUGUAG